UUCCCCAUCUUCAAUUUCGUUUCUGGGUUCUACCCUUUUAUUUUUAUUACUAUUUUUCGAUUAGGUUUCUGGGUUUUUGAGGUUUGAUUAUGCCACCGUCUGACGAGAUGUGAAUUCAACUGUUUUGAAUUUGUAAUCUCAAAAGAAAAUUUUCGAUUAAUUGGCUGCUUGGAAUGACUGGAAUUGCCCGAAUUGAUGCAUUACUUCUCUCGUUUUCGAUUGCUCGUUUGUCGGUUGGCUUUAGAAUCUUUAUGGGUAUCAAUAGCAUAGGGAAACAUGGCUCAACAACAGGGGGACGACAUGGAGUAUGUUGCUGAUGAUAAUGAAAUGGCGGAAGUGGAAGAUGAUAUGUAUUUUCGUGGAAGAGUGUUUGGUGAUUCAGAAUCAGAAUCAGAAUCAGAUGAUGAAUAUGAGUCUUUGGAAAAUCGGAUAACUGAUACCACUGCUGCAGAAGCUAGGAAAGGAAAGGAUAUCCAAGGUAUACCCUGGGAUAGACUGAGCAUUAGUCGUGAGAAGUAUAGACAAACUAGACUAGAGCAGUACAAGAAUUAUGAAAAUAUACCUCAGUCAGGCGAAUUGUCAGAGAAGGAAUGCAAACCAACAUAUAAAGGAGGAAUGUAUUAUGACUUCUGGCAAAACACUAGAUCUGUGAAAUCAACGAUACUUCAUUUCCAAUUGAGGAACUUGGUUUGGUCAACAUCAAAGCAUGAUGCAUAUCUUGUUUCAAAUUACUCAAUUAUACACUGGUCUUCUUUAAAUUCCAAGAGAUCAGAAAUAUUGAAUGUAUCUGGGCAUGUAGCUCCAUGUGAGAAACAUCCUGGAAGCCUUUUGGAAGGAUUUACUCAGACACAGAUUAGUACACUGGCCGUAAGGGAUAAGUUGUUGAUUGCUGGGGGUUUUCAAGGAGAACUUAUUUGCAAGUAUAUAGAUCGACCUGGGGUUAGUUUUUGUUCUAGAACUACUUAUGAUGACAAUGCAAUCACCAAUGCUGUUGAGAUUUAUGAGCAUCCAAGUGGGGCUGUUCAUUUCAUGGCUUCAAAUAAUGAUUGCGGAGUUAGAGACUUUGACAUGGAGAGAUUUCAACUUUCCAAGCACUUCUUCUUCUCCUGGCCAGUAAAUCAUACUUCAUUGAGCCCAGAUGGUAAACUCCUUGUGAUUGUCGGAGACAGCCCAGAAGGGAUGCUAGUGGAUUCUCAAACUGGAAAGACUGUCAUGCCUUUAUGUGGACACUGGGAUUACUCAUUUGCAUCUGCAUGGCAUCCUGAUGGUCGCAUUUUUGCAACUGGAAAUCAAGAUAAAACAUGCCGUGUUUGGGAUGUGAGGAACUUGUCGAAGUCCCUUGCUGUGCUUAAGGGGAACCUUGGAGCGAUACGUUCAAUCCGAUUCACAUCUGAUGGGCAAUUCAUGGCAAUGGCUGAGCCAGCUGACUUUGUGCAUGUUUAUGAUGCAAAGCAUGGAUUUGAGAAGGAGCAGGAGAUCGAUUUUUUUGGAGAGAUCUCUGGUGUGUCUUUUAGCCCUGACACUGAAUCCCUUUUCAUUGGUGUCUGGGAUCGCACCUAUGGAAGCCUUCUUCAGUACAAUCGACGGAGAAGUUACAUGUAUCUCGACUCCUUGUAAAUCUGUAACCGCUCAUACCUUGUAAGUACCUACGGUUUAUCUAGGAAUUUGAAAACUGGCACCACCUGACCAAAAAAGGAUGAAAAAUGACCGGUGGCUUGCCUCAUCAUACAAUGUAGGGACAAUAUGGCUUCAGGACGUUACAGUUUGUACUCCGAUGUGUUAAAUAACAUUGAUUGCCAAUCUUUCGAACCUUUUCUUUUAUUGAUGGAAGAAUGUGUUCUAAAUUUUUAUGGCGUGAUCUACCGUUUUUGGUUGGUCACAUACUCACUUCUACCUUUCGGUGACAUUUGUGGUACACAUUUCCACCGCUCCCUCUAUGGGUGUUGUGCAUGCCUCGAAGAAGCAAGCUUGUUACACAAUACCAUGAAUGAGUUACUUCACGGAGUGAGUGAGGUUUCAAAUCCUUAUAUUAAUUGAUUCCUACAUUCUAUGACCGUGAUCCCAAGCAUUGUUGUCACUUAUCAGUAUAGCAUGAAUAGCCAUACGAUUCAGUACGAUUCGGAGUGGCAAUGAUACGAAUCGUGCAGUGUAUCGCUUUUGUUCCUGAAUCGCACCAUGAAUGGCGCUAUCGUAUCUGAAUGGGACGAAUUACACCACAAAUUGUAGUUUUGUGGCUGAAUCGUUGAUUCUAUCCAAAUUGGGUCAUGCCCUGUGAAGAAGGCCUUGGGAGAUGGAUGACCCGAUUCUUAAAAGCUGUUGAAAACAGAGGGAAUUAGUUGUUUCAUCUUUGUAACGAAUGUUGGACUUCUAAAAUGUCAGUCUAAGAUUUUAAUGUUAAUUUUUAUUACGUAGAUUAUUGAGGUAAAAUUUUAAUAUUGUUUAGAGAAUAAAACUGGUAUAAUAUUAUACCCAAGUAUUUCUCUCCCAUCUGACCCAGCAUGAUCCAAAUGUGAUACUGGAUAAAAAGAAGCCCUAACUAAUUUUUCUU